UACAUCCUUGGGUCUUGAUUGCAGCAGCCAUAGCUAGGUUUGUGCCUUUCGGUAUCUGGAAAGGAGAUUCCAGUCGAACGGGACUUGAUUUCUAAAGUUCAGCGAUUGGAAUCUAGCCUGCUUGUGAAGACACUCAUAUUGUGAUGAAAGUACUGUUUCAAGAUUCUGAUUGCUUUUUUGAGACUGUUGUGAAUGACAGCCUUUCGGGCUGCGAGAGGCGGGAUACAAGAGUUGAAGAACGGCGGUUUCUUUUGCUUUACGUAGUUAGGUGUCAAAUCAAAUCCGCAAGGAAAGAUUUCCAUCUGUAGAGUUGAUACGAGCGUUACGUGAUUCGGCUUUUCAAAACUGAAGUGAUUCCAACAUUUUGGUCCGUUGGCGACACUACGCUGUUUGCUCCAAGAUCAACUGUUCAGAGGUAUACCAGACAGUGAAAGACUGAUCUCAGACUUGAGGUCUAGAUUCUUAUGUCUCCUCUCACCCAAGUCAUGGGAGGUGGGACUUUGAGUGUGAUGUUCCUCUUUUGGGCCAGCCUGUGUGCGGCCGAGGCUUUCACCACACCUCCCCCACCGACCCCAACAAACCCACCGACCUCGACACCAGCACAAUUUCACCCUGCCCCAGAAAUGAGCUAUAGACCCUACUGUGCCUUUGAUAACAGUUGUAAUGGAGAUCCUCAGUGUCAUCUCUAUGCUAGAAGAUACACAUGUCAGUGUCCUGCUAACUAUUACUAUUUUGGCAGCAAUCAGUGUAGGAGCAAAAUCAACUAUGGAGGUGGCUGUACCGUUGUUGACAGUUGUAAUGGAAAUCUUCAGUGUUUGACCUCUGGUGGAGAAAAGAAGUGUCUGUGUCCAGCUAGCCAGUACCAUUUUGGCAACAAUCAGUGUAAGAACAAAAUCAACUAUGGAGGUGGCUGUACCGUUGCUGACAGUUGUAAUGAUGAUCUUCAGUGUUUGACCUCUGGUGGAGAAAAGAAGUGUCUGUGUCCAGCUAGCCAGUACUAUUUUGGCAGCAAUCAGUGUAGGAACAAAAUCAGCUAUGAUGGACAGUGUACAUCGGGGUCUCCAGGGUCUGAGAACCAAUGUGCUGGAGAUCUUUUAUGUGAUGUCAACUCCAGGUGCAAGUGUUCUAACACGGAGUACUACACUGGCAACCACAUGUGUGGCACAAAAAUCAGCUAUGAUGGACAGUGUACAUCGGGGUCUCCAGGGUCUGAGAACCAAUGUGCUGGAGAUCUUUUAUGUGAUGUCAACUCCAGGUGCAAGUGUUCUAACACGGAGUACUACACUGGCAACCACAUGUGUGGCACAAAAAUCGGCUAUGAUGGACAGUGUCCAUCUGUGUCAGAUAACCCAUGUGAUGGACAGCUUCGUUGUUUAAACUCCAAGUGCAAGUGUUUGAGCACGGACUACCAUACUGGCAAUAACCAGUGUGCCCGAAAAAUCAACUAUGGAGGUGGCUGUACCGUUGCUUACAGUUGUAAUGGAAAUCUUAUGUGUUUGACCUCUGGUGGAGAAAAGAAGUGUCGGUGUCCAGCUAGCCAGUACUAUUUUGGAGGCAAUCAGUGUAGGAACAAAAUCAGCUAUGAUGGACAGUGUACAUCGGGGUCCCCAGGGUCUGAGAACCAAUGUGCUGGAGAUCUUUCUUGUGUCAACUCCAGGUGCAAGUGUUCUAACACGGAGUACUACACUGGCAACCACAUGUGUGCCACAAAAAUCGGCUAUGAUGGACAGUGUCCAUCUGUGUCAGAUAACCCAUGUGAUGGACAGCUUCGUUGUUUAAACUCCAAGUGCAAGUGUUUGAGCACGGACUACCAUACUGGCAAUAACCAGUGUGCCCGAAAACUGGCUCACGGAGUAGACUGUGCUGGCCUCACAGAUCCUUGUCGAUCUGGACUAGCGUGUGUUGCAAACAAGAACUCUGUUAAAAAAUGUCUGUGUGGUCCUAUAAGUAGAUCGUACUGGGAUGGACUUUCCUGUAAAAGUGUUGGCGAUAUCACAGUGCUGGCAAGGGUGAACUCAAGGAGCACAUCCCGGAUAGACUUCAGUUGGACUGUAACCCCCCAAGGAUUUGUAAAUAACUACCAGGUGGUCACUAAUUCUGACCCGCAGACUUGCUCACAAGGACAAGGGCAGUACAAAAAGGAUGAUGUGUCUGGGACAGCUCUCAGAGUUUCAAGUACAGGGCUCAGACCUGGGGUGAAAUAUUUGUCCACUCUGGCCCUGGUACUGACCGCGACAAAUGACUACCCACAGAGAUCAAAAGGAUUCAAUUUACCUGAAGUCUGGACAAAGCCUGCCCAGCCUGGAGCAGUGAUACCUGGAAGUAGUACCCUCUCAGUGCCGCGUACUGUCCUCACGUUUGGACCUUCGGGUGGCUGUGUCGCUAGUUAUUUGGUGACAGUGACAGGGCAAGGGUCAUUACGUCGAAGCAAGAGAGUGACUACUAACACAGCGGUCUUUGAGAAUCUGGUCGCAGAUACUUUCUAUAGCUAUCUCAUUACAGCCUACAAUGGUGGAAAUUAUGCCAGUGUCUCAACGACUGGAUCUUUUACAACAGCAGCUGCAGCACCAGGUCGUGUGUAUGAUUUCCGCCGUUCUUCAGUCACUGCUACUGGCGUUGUGGUGAGCUGGCGAAGGCCGUCACAACCUAAAGGCGAUCUAAAAGGAUACAAAGUUUGGGUGACAACAGACGGGAAGUGCGUUAAACAAUUCCAUGUACAAUGUCUGGACUGUAGUGUUUCUGAGUGUCAAUCCCCAGUGCCUUCAUCUCCUGUGAGCCAAUAUGACAGUACAGAUCUUGGUGAUUCCCAAGUGGGUUUUGAGGUGACAAUGACAGACUUGCUCCCGUACACAGACUACAUUGUACAAGUCCGCGCUUAUAAUAGACAGGUUGGUGGUGGGGCCGACAGUGGGGUGCCCUUCAAGACAAGUGAGGCUGCCGCAAGCCUUGUGACAAAAGUUGAGCUGGAAAGUCUACCCUUGACCGCUCAGGGAAGGCUGGACCUGAGUGUUAGCUGGAUCCCUGGUUAUCGGAACGGGGAAACCACCUUCACUGUUGUGAUCAAGGAAAAGGAAAGUCUCACCUCAGGAAACUUCAUUGUGAAACAAAGACAAGCGUUUCAAGAUAAAUCUGGCGUUACCUCUGGCAUUCUGAAGAACGUGCUUGGCCACUGGGUCUAUGAAGUGACCGUUGAAGCCAAAACCAACGUGGGUGUCGCUGCUGUAUCAAGUCCACAGACCAUUACAACUUUAUACAAACACCCAGGACCUGCUACUGCUCUGACGUUGACAAAGAGUACCCGGGUGGCGUCUGACGUCUCCCUGAGCUUUGGAUGUCCCGAGGAAAGAGAAAGAAAUGGCGUCUUGUCAGGCUUUUACAUUUCAAAGUCGGACGGCACUAGGGACCCGGUUGUUGAAUUUGUUACAGCGACUUCCUGCGACAGUGUGUUCCGGCCAUCUGUACAAGUUGUUGUUGGGGAGGGUCCGACGAAUUACACAUUCAAGGUGAUGGCUUCAAAUGGACAGUAUAACAGCAGCUAUGAGACGUCAGAAAUUGUGAUAAGCCCCCUACUCCCGGAAGUGAGUGAAUACACGGCUACAGAUUUCACAGCAGAGUCGUCUGGCAGCAAGAACACCCUGACGUCUUUCCCAGUGACUGUGUGUUUGACUUGUCUCAAAAAUUUGAACAGCAGACAGGGAAGUUUGACGGAAGUUGUUCUCGCCGUCUGUAAGAAUAAGUGUGGAGGCUCUGGGGCAGCCCGUAGAAAGCGGGAAGUGGAUGUGGACAGUUUGAAGACAUGGGCCGAAGCUAAGAAGGAAGGAUUUACUGACAUGUACCGAGCCACUCCACGGGGCUGGCACCAGGAUCUGUUAAGAACGCCAGGGGGAGAAUAUGUAUUCACAGUUGGGGAGAAUAACUCAUGCUCUGAUACCGGCACUGACUUCUGCAAUGGCCCACUUCCUUCUAGAGAAGACUUUCAAGUCCUCCUUAUCGUGUGCAACGGCGCUGGCUGUGUGGAUUGCUUAAACGAUGAUUCUGUCUUUGGAACAACACCUGACAGUAACGUGGACAGUGACGAUGGCAAUGUUGUUGUUUUUGUCUUGGCUGUCAUCUGCUCUGUGUUGGUUGUUGGGAUCAUUUUGGCCGUCAUUUUCUUUGUUUGCCGACGUAGAAGGCAGAAGCAUCACAAGGAAACAAGACCUGUGGAGCUUGACACCCUUGAGGAGAAAGAGAUGAUCAAAACACGAAGACCUAUCCUGAUUCGAACUUUCAGACGAACUCUGUUACAGCUCCACGGAGAUUCAGACUUGCUGUUCCGAUCUGAGUUUGAGGACCUACAGAAGCUCAGCGCUAGACUUCCCCACGGGAACAAACCGGUGGAUGAACUGCCCUACGUGAGCAUUGGCGAGAAGCUGCCCUCGGACAGUGAGACAAUGGACGUGUUUAAGGCUAAGUACAUACAGGGCUACAACUCUGUGCGGGAAUACAUCGCUGCCCAGGGCCCCAUGCCUUCCACUGUGCCAGACUUCUGGAGGAUGGUGUGGGAACAGAAGUGUAAGGUCAUUGUCAUGCUCUCAGACCUUACAGAGGGGGGACGGGGAAAAGGGAAAUCGUACUGGCCGAAGAAACUCAACGAAUCUGUUGAGUAUGGAGACAUUGUGGUGAAGAUGACCCAGGUCUUAAUGAUCAACAAAUACACUAUACGUAAAUUCCAGAUCUCCAUGGGUUCAGACACACGCCUGUUGACCCACUUUUCCCUGCAAGGCUGGACUGACGCCAAGGUCGACUUGACAGUAGAAGAUGUGGUAGGCUUCGUCCAAAUUGUGCGACAGGAAGCCAUACAUACGAAUUCUGGGCCGUUUGUCGUCCAUUGCAGCGCUGGUGUGGGUCACACUGGUACUUUUAUCGCCCUGGACUAUUUGAGCCAGUUCGUGGACAAGCACAGACUAGAUAAGAACAUCGACGUUUUCAGUUACGUCAUGAAGAUGAGAGAGAACUGUCCCGGUAUGGUGCAGACGGAGACUCAGUACAUUUUCAUCUUUGAUGCACUGAUGGCGGUGAUACAGAAAAAGAUAAAUGAAGACCAGGAGAGGGUCUAUGACAAUAUCAGAGAGAGUGAAGAGGACAUGAACGAGAACCUUUCCCCGGAAGAAACUUCACAUUAUUAUUCAAACCUAGCCUGAGUCCCAAAAUGUGGAAGUGAUCAACGACCAAAAAGAAACUCCCAUGACGGUUCUGUAAAGAUCUCAACUCACGUGCCCCGAACGACCUGCUCUUUCCACUCAACUGCUCAACCUCUCCGCAAGCCUUCCCUGUUGGCCCACAGCCCUGUCCUCUUGGAAGAAACUGUGACCUUUUUGUCUGCAGCAAACACCAACUUUAGUGCCUUAUACAUAAUACAUUUGCCUUAUAUCUUUAUACUUUAUCCUCUUCUCCCACUUUGUCAUCGGCUUUCAGUAGGGCGCUCCGUUAGCUCAGUUGGUAUAAUGCAGGGCAAUAGAGCGUACUUUCUUGGUUCGAAUCCUAGGCUCAGCACUCUUGAAAUUGGAUUAUGUUGUGGAGAUUUUCAGGCUUUCAACAUAUUUGGCUCAAUCCUAUCGGAGACGGACGUUAAAUAACCCAUGUACUUACACACACACAUACACACACACACA